GUCAGACGAUCGUCGGUGGUCCGCCGACGGGAUCGAACGCCACGCGAAAGUCAUACCGAUACGUUUUAUCAUGAUGGAAUUGUGUUUGGUCACGUGACCGUAGCCGAAAAAUGGCGCAAAGAUCAGAGUACAAACAUGAGUUCCAUUUCAUUGCUACGGUGUCAUUUGUAUUUGUUUACAAGCGCGCGUUUCCACAAACCACGUGUUAAGUAAGUGCCAUUUCGUUGACAGCCCGUGACGGACAAUGACGGGGAGAGGGGCGAAGAGACGGGGCCGACCGCCCAAGUCGGUGGUCAUGGAAAGGCCGAAAAAGUUUCAGUAUCAUCUGAUGAAGAAGCCGAAAUAUCUGCAAAACAAGGGUUCGGAAACGCCGAACUCGCAACCGAGCACACCGACACCGUCGAGGCCGUCGUCGCCAGUUGAGAGCGAGGAGAGCAGACGGAGCACACGAACACGAAAAUCCCGGGGACCCAGGGAGAGACAUUCACGUAAGGGUGGUCACUCCGGUUCCGGAGUAUACCAUCGCCGAGGUUACAAUCCUAAUGUUGACUAUAACGACUCCGAGUAUCAUUAUGGUUCGGAUUUCGGUGACGAAUCCAGCGAGAAGAGCGAGGCUGAGGAGGACCCUCUGCAGAGCGACGUAGAGUCAUCAGAAAGUAUAGAAGAACCCGAUCCAUCGAGUGACAGUGACUUUUCCCUCUCCAGUUACAGCACCACCAGUGGCACACCCCGUAAAACUUUACUCAGCCAACAGAGACCACCGAGUCCAGAACCGCUGUGGCUUCAGAACAGGGAAUUGCCAGCUUUGGUCCUACCAAAAUCUUCAGACGAUCUAUUGGUCCCUAAGGAAUAUGUUAUGCCAUCUUUGUCUAUUUACGAAGUGCUGAGACACUUUCGUACUUUGGUACGCCUAUCAGCCUUUAGGUUUGAAGAUUUCUGCGCUGCCCUAAUGUGCGAAGAUCAAACCAAUUUGCUGGCUGAGAUACACAUUAUGCUUAUUAAAGCUCUUCUCAGAGAAGAAGAUUCUCAGCAAACACAUUUUGGUCCUCUUGAUCAAAAAGACUCUGUAAAUGUUAGUUUAUAUUUUGUGGAUCCUAUGAGUUGGCCAGAGGCAUUGCGCUCUUAUGUAGAAAGCGACAAGUGCUUUGAUGAAAAUAUUCUCCACAUCUUAUCAACUUGUGAAUAUCCUUUUACCUCGGUCGAUGACAGAAUCAAGGUGCUUCAGUUCUUAACAGAUCAAUUUUUGAUAACAAAUCCAGUAAGAGAAGAUCUGUUGCAUAAAUGUCUUCUUUUAGGAAAUAUGCAUUACGACGAUCACUGCAGAGUUUGUCACCGUUUGGGAGAUUUGUUAUGUUGUGAAACUUGUCCAGCUGUUUUUCACUUAGAAUGCGUUGAACCUCCAUUAGUCGAUGUUCCUACAGAGGACUGGCAAUGUAGUACAUGUAAAGCUCAUAAAGUGAGCGGAGUCGCGGACUGUAUACCCGAUGUUGAAAAGAAUGGUUCGUUAUGUCGUCAAGAACACUUAGGGUUCGACAGACAUGGAAGGAAAUAUUGGUUUCUUGCAAGAAGAGUUUUUGUUGAAAGCGAAGAUGGUGAUGUUUGGUAUUAUAGUACAUCUUUGCAACUAGAGGAACUAAUGCUUACCUUAGAUCGUAAUGAAAUGGAAGUCGCACUUUAUCGCGAGUUAUCCGAUUACAAAGAUGAAAUAGUACGACAAAUGGAACUCACAGAAUCUAUUACUAAUCAAUACAAGGGAAAUAAGAAAUCCUACUUAGAAGUAGAAAACAGCCUUAUAUUGAAGUUACAAAAAGAACGACAAGAGAAACAAGAAAAAGAAGAAGAAGAGAAAAAGGAAAAGAAAAGACAAGAGGCUGAAGAUAUGGUGCGCAGAAUACACGAAGGUUCAGAUUCUCUGGAAGAACAGUUAGCAGCUGUAACGGAACAGCAAGAAACAAAACCAGCCGAAGAGUCGGCUACAAAAGAAAAUUCUUCUGAAAUGGUAACAGAAAAUGUAGAAACAGAUGGUGUAGAUGCUGAUUUAGAUGCAGCAAAUAAAGGUGUCAAGACUGGUGCAUCCACUUCGUCGUCCGAAGAAAUUGAUGAAGAAGCCUUAGAAGGAGAAGAGGGUAUUUCAAAGAUUGGCAAAGACGGGAAGAAACAUACAAUCGUGACAAGAUCAAAGACAGGAUCUUUACAGCCUAGAACAUUUAAUAUGGACGAUUUGAAGAGACGCAGCGGAGCACAAUUAUCGAAAGAGGAAUUAGAGAAGCUGGAUAAAAGUUUGAAAGAGGAAGGGGAUGGUACUCGAUUAACAAGACAGAAAGCCCAUCAAAUCGCUUCUGGUACUCAUCUCUUCAAGCUGGGAAUGGAUAACAACUUUAAAUCAUACGUAAAUCAGUACAGUACCAACCCCGUUGCAUUGAACAAAGCACAGCGUAACGAGGAACGCGAUAAGAAGAGACACCUGUCGCACAAGUUUUCUCUUACACAAGCGUCUGAAUUCAAAUGGGUUGGAAGUUUGACGGGAACCCGUGCCCUCCUAGUUAGCACCCUCCGUCAGACGAUUCUUCAACUUGAGAGUAGUAUUCAAGCACCGUUUAUGCACACCAAUUGGCCUCUACUGCGUAAGCCUUGGACCACGGCCGUGGGCGCCUGUGUCAAUCCCAGAGACUUUGCACGUGCUCUUAUUGUACUGCAGGCGUGUAUUAAAUCGGUGGUUUUCGCUAGCGUAUGGCACGAUCAACUUGGACACGUGAAACUGCAAAGAGUAACGGCUCUCGAGCGAGAAGAGAAGAAACGUCAGGAUAAGAAAGAUAAGAAGGAGAGAGAAGACGAGGAGGAACGUAAUCGUUUAUUCAAUUUCGUCAAGUAUACGUUAGGCUUGAAACAUCAAGUCUGGAAACAGAAAGGAGAAGAGUACAGAAUUCAUGGACAAGGUGGUUGGUUGUGGAUAUCUGCUAGUCGCCGUUACAAGCCAGUCGACAUGUCCAAGGGUCUUCGAACAGGCCCCCAAAAGAUUAUGGUUCAGAUCAAAGAUCAGGAGGGUUUUAAAAUAUUAGCUUUGGAUCCGCCUACAUACGAAUUCUUAAUAAAAGAAUACUGUCCAACCGAAAAGGAAGAGAAUAACGUAGAUGUUAAGAUCAAGCAAGAGAUCAAGGAGGAAGAAUCUUCCAAAGAUGCUGCGGACACAUCGGUGAAACAAGAAUGCAAGUCGGAAAACGUAAAAACUGAACCGGCGGAAGAUAAAGCGAAGGACGCUGAACCGAUUGCAAAGACGGAGGAGGGAACGACUAAAACAGAGUCGCAACCGGUGAAACAAGAAACAAAAAUGAAUUUAUCAUUUUUAGCCGGUAUAAAAAUUGAGAAGGUGUUCACUCCGAUCAAAGAAUUUGAAGAGAUUGACAUUACUAAAGCGCUGACUACCAGUGGAAGGCUCCAUUAUCCGAAGAUUGCAAAAAAGACUAGGAUCGAUGAUUUUCUAGCGCGUCGAACACACUUGAAACUUUUGGAAGAACGACGAUUAUUGCAGACCGAAAAAUCAAAAGAGCAUCAGAAUCAGUCUACAGGUCAAAAGGUUGAAGGUGAAUCCGAAGUUGACAUAGAAAAUAAUGAAGAAAGCGAUACAGAUGGCGGGGACAAUACUUUGCAAAGUAUUCUCACUGGAAAGCAACCUAGCAAGACAAUAUCCACGUCAGCCAGAGAGAUGCUGGCUGUAAUAGGAAAACGUAUUCAACAUGCCAAAGCACAAUAUGCAAACAUCAUGAGGCUCACCAAACACAAUAGUUGCUAUUCACGGUAUUGCAAUAUGACAACGCCUCCAGGAAAAGUUGGGACUACUACAACGCAAAGCUUGACAUCUACAUGUUACUCCCCCAUAUGUCUUCAGAAAGCCAGAUUAAAACGUGAUCUUAUUACACUAUUAAGGAAGGCUAAUGCUUUGAAUAACAAUCAAUCAUCGGCAAGUUUAGUGGUUAAUACGCCUGCGGUACAAUCCCAACAGAGUGGAAUAAAAAUAGAAGGAAGUGAAGAAAGUAAAGAGGCAAUUAAAAAAGAUUUGGAAUCAGCGGUUGCAUUGGCAACUUACUGUAAAGAAGAAACUCCUGCUUCGAAUGUGAUGAAAGACGUGGCCUCGCCUCCCGCGAAGAAAAUAAAACUUGAAUCUAAUACGGACGUUGACAAGGGAAAUUCAGAACAUGUUGAUAUAGUCACGACUACAACGAGUAAUGUGGUUACUACUACUACAGUAAGUACGACACAACAAACUGUAAAGACAGUAGAUGGUGUGGUACAAAGUAAGAAAGAAAAUACAACUUCUCAGAAUUCAGUUACAUUCUCCUCGGAAGUUAAAACUAGCACAGGACAGAAGACAACAAUUGUCAAUAGAAGAGGCAGAACCGUGCAGAGGAGCACAGUGGCCAAAGAAUUGAAUGCGGAUGGUACAGAAAGAGUAUACAGUGCUACUUCGGCAGAAGGGAAAGUUUAUUUGAAAAAGGUCUCAAUCUCCUUGGCGGAUAGAAAAAAGAAGCGUACGCCUGUUAAAUAUCCUUUGUGUUCUACAUUUUGCACAAAAACGAAACACCGUAGUAUAUUACUACUUCCACAACACGAAUUACGAAAAUUAUCUAGGGUUGGUGGACGCAUGCCAGUUCAAGGAUUCCAUCAUGUAGCCAAGGCAAAUAUGUCAGUUUGGCCAUAUCCAUGCCCAAGACCACUAUUUAAAACAUGUUGGUUGUAUCGAACAGUUGGAAUAAAGUCACUGGCUGCUGCAGCCCUUCAGUUAAGAAUAUUAUGGGCAUGUCUUCGAUGGGACGACAUGGCUACAAAGCCGUUGUCCACAGACGGCAAACAUCAGAUCACAACAGAUACAGAAAUUAUGUCAUUAGAGAUUCUUAAACACCGACAUGUAGGUCAGUUUUUGGAUAAAACACAGUACUUACGCCGAAAGGUUGUUAUACCUUUGGAACUACCAAAGCAAGUCAGAGAAGUAACAUCUAUAAGGAGCGGUCUCAGAAAAAGAAAACGACCGGAAUCGCCGCAAAGCACUGAACCACAAGUUACGGAGGAAUGGGUCGAUGAAGAUAAAUUAGAGUUAUGGGAAAUUAAGCAAUACGGCGACAGGUUAGAGAAGGCUAAUGCCCAGAUUAUUACUAGGAGUCGAUCGGGACAACCACAAUCUGUAGGUGCUGGCUCGAACAGAAAUACAGGAUCGAAUUCCAGUAUGGGUGAUCAACUUGUUAGUGGUAAAGCAACGCCAGAGGAGAUCAAAGAAAAAAUGGAGCAACAGUUACGCAUGCAAAGAGCUGCUCAUCAACAAAAGAGAGCUUUAGAAACUCUAAAGAGUCCAGCGAACUCUGCCUCGCCUACACAACUUGUUAAAGUUACUACUAACUCUGCUCAUGACGGCACAGUGAAAUUGGUUUCAAAGGUCGCGAUACCAGCAAAUCCAAAUAGCGGAACAAAGUCGCAGUUGACCUCACUUUUGACGACUCCUACACAGAAGACCUUUAUUGGUACCAGACGUAUUUACAUGACGAAAUCAGCUGACGGUACAACAAAAGUUGUAUCCGGGCCUACAAGCAUUUUACCGAAAACGCAAUUGCAAACUGGAAAUCAGCAGUCACUGAUCAAAGUUUCUAACCAAGCAGCACCGGUACAACAAAUUCAACAAAAGGUACAGAUUUUGAGGGGACCAGAUGGAAAGUUGCAAGUCCGAGGUCUAAUGCCUGGUCAGCAAUUGGUUCAAAUGCCCGAUGGAAAGCUGCAUGUGUUGAAUACUGGUCAAGCAAUCACCACUACCCCGGCACAACCUGCAGCGAACAGUUCAACUACACAGACAAAAACUGCCAGCACGACAAGCGCGAAUAAAGUAACAACAGCUAACACCACCGCUACCAAGGCUAGUCCAACUAAAGCAUCGACGAAUGCAACACAACAAGUGCAGACAACUCAGCAAGCACAAGUACAAUCUCAGCAGACUGUACAACAGACUGUGCAACGUCCGGCAACAACAAUGGCUAUCGCUACGCCUACACAAGCAACGAAGAACGCUAUUGUUGUGGCUAAUACCGGACAAAUUGUGCAGGGCGCACAGGUCAUAUCUUCUGGGGGUCAAGUGAUCAGCGGAAACCAAAUAGUAGUCACUAAUGCUAAUCUAGCUCAGCAACUUGCAACGGGCAAAGCUCAGUUAACGACAAUAGGUGGUCAUCAAGUGGUAAUCCGUAGCACACCGACGGGCAAUCAAAUCGUACAUCUAAAUUCAGCGAAUAGCAGCAUCAUAGUUAAAAAUGCUGUCACACCGACUAAACAACAAGUUCCUGUAUUACAAACUGCUCAAACAACUGUAGCAACAACUGGUGCACAGGCAUCUGAAACGACAAAUGCCACUGUUGGUAGCAAUACGACUACAAAUACAACAGCGAUUACUACGACCACGUCUAAUACGACCCCCACAGCCCCAGCACCUGGAAGUGUAGAAGCAUCGUUAUUAGCUGGUCAACCACCUGGCACAGUCAUUAAAUGUGUAACUGCUCAAGUCAUACAAACUACUCAAGGGCCUCGUAUAGUUUUGCAAGGGUUGCAGGGUGCAGACUUCACAUCACAGCAGCUUGCAAUGGUUCAACAACAAGUUAAACAACAAUUACUUAAAGCUCAAGCUACUACAGGAAAGCAAGGUGUACUAGGGCCUACUAAAAUUUAUUUAGCCGUUCAACCAGCACCAAACAGUCAGCAGGCUAUUCAAAGUUCUCAAAGUUCUGCAACAGCAAACACUCCUGCCACCACUCCAGCAUCGAAACCGCAGGCUGCACAGCAAUCAGUUGUUUCACCUUCAGCAGCAACCGAACCACAAACGGGAACAGAAAGCAUUCCAGAGCUUCCAGCUACAACCACAACAACUUCUCCUGAAAAACCGAAAGUGGUUGUUCAGCAAGUUGGUCAACCGAGUGUUCCCUCUGAAGAGGAAUCUCAGAAAACAAGCGUAGCUAAUGGACAGCAACCAUUGCAGACUUUAAAGGAAGGAAACGACUCUUCAGGCAAUAAAUUUAUUUUAACACCUGACUAUAUACAACAAACCAUUAAAAAUGCCUUGAAACAAGAAAAUCUUAACCCGGAAAUAGAGGAGAAGCUACUGCAGCUGCAACGAUACCAAGAGAAGCAGAUGAAAGGCAGUGUUGAGAAUUCGGUGGCUACCAGUCAAAUUCAUACUACACCCCCGGUUACGACUCCGCGAGUCCCAUCCCGCAAAAGACCAGCACCUUCUAACAUUCCAACAACGACUACGCUGACGAACGUACAAUCGUCGACGAACGACCAAGACACAGAAUGGGCAGAAACACCUAGAAAGAAACUUGCCCUAAAACAAGAAAAUCGUGAAACACCAAAAGUACAAAAAGUCGUGGAGCAAACGGACGUUGAAUCGACACCGAAAAAUCGAGCGGCAAAGCUGAAAGACAGUCAAGAAUUACGACGAAAACAACAAGUACAUUCUCGAAUGCAAGUCUUGUUAUUCAGACAUAAAGAGCUACUUAAAAAGGAUAUCCUUAAAAAGAGAGCACUGCUUGAGAAGGAAUUACAAAUAGACAUUCAAAAGGACCUAUCGGCGGAACUAGCGUCAAGAACAAAAGCAGAAAGGCACAAGCAAGAUGAAGUUAAAGUGGGAAGUGCAAAGCGUAAAGCUAAUGCCCAAGUAGCUCAACAAGUUAGUCCUCCUAACAGAGGUGGAAGGCCAAAGAAGUAUAAGGCGCAAGGAAGUAGCGCCACGCCACCGGGUGCUUCGACUGCAGCCACCGCUAAUAGAAUUAAAAAAGAGAAGUUGUAUUGCCUGUGUAGAACACCUUACGAUGAAACGAAAUUCUAUGUAGGAUGCGAUCUCUGUAACAAUUGGUUCCACGGAGAUUGCGUGGGUAUCACGGAAGAAAUGUGUAAAACGCUUUCCGAAUUCGUUUGUACCGAGUGCAGACACGCGAGGGACACCCAGGAAUUGUAUUGCCUAUGUAAACAGCCUUACGACGAAUCUCAAUUUUAUAUAUGCUGCGACAAAUGUCAAGAUUGGUUCCAUGGUCGAUGCGUGGGUAUUCUUCAGUCGGAAGCGGACAAUAUCGACGAAUACGUUUGUCCGAAUUGCCAACGAAACUCUUCUGUUAAUUUCGCCAAUAUGAAAAACCUCAACACGAAAGACCUUGAUCUGUUGAAGAAGCUGAUUAAGCAAAUACAGGCACACAAGAGUGCUUGGCCAUUUAUGGAACCAGUGGAUCCAAACGAAGCACCUGAUUAUUAUAAAGUUAUAAAGGAACCAAUGGACCUACAAACAAUAGAAUUGAGGAUAAAUGAUAAAUCUUACAAGAAGUUAAGCGAGUUUAUUGGAGACAUGACAAAGAUAUUCGACAACUGUCGGUAUUACAAUCCGAAAGAGUCGCCGUUCUUUAAGUGCGCGGAAUCCUUAGAAACAUAUUUUGUCCACAAAAUAAAGAGCUUGAGAGAAAAAUUUUCUGAAGGGAAAUAAGCAAUCAAACGAGGAUGCAGGGAAAUACAUGUGAGAACAGUAACUGUAAAUGAAUGGAAGUGAACGAAAUAUCAGUCGUCAUUUAAUUUCGUGC